CGGAAGUCCGCUGACCUGAACUGUUUCGUUCCGCCUUUCCUUCAACUUUCAUUCCAUCAACACCACCGAAUUAAGAACGCAAUUUUUCCCUCAUACUCAUCCUGCGUCAUUAUUCGUCUCUCUCCUAUCUGACGAAUAAACCUGUCUUUCAACGAAACCCAGACUCUCAGCAUCACUCAAAUACACCACGGCACAACUCUCACUUUCCCUUCAACAAAGAAAUCACCAUGUCAGGUCCAAAUCUACACAACGCUCUGCUCCGCCCGCCCAUUAUCCAGAUUCUCCGUGCAGCUGGCUUCCACGCAACCCGUCCGUCAGUCCUAGACACCCUCGCCGACCUCACGGCCCGCUACGUGAUGAUCCUGGCCUCAUCUGCAACCACGCACGCCGCCAACGCACACCCAAACAACCCCGUCCCAACCCUGGAAGACAUCUACCAAGCCCUACAAGACGCGGGCGCGUUGCGACCACAACUCCGCGAGUGGGAAGAAGACUGGCACGGUGACGAAGACAUGCGAGGACUGGAAGGGUUUCUAGGAUGGUUCACGGGCCCGGCGAAUCGGGAAAUUCGACGCAUCGCGGGAUUUCUACCGAGCGAGGGUGACGUUGUGGAUACAGAUUUCCUGGAGAAGGAAGACUAUCUCACGGUGUUGAAGAAGAAGCACAGUAAGACGGGAGAGGAGUCGAGAUAUGCGGGAACUGUCCUGGGAAAGAAUGCCGAGGAACAUCCGAUUGUGAUUGAGGGUGGUGCGCCCAGCAUCCAGGAAUGGGGGUCGCAGGUGCGGUCGCGGGCGCCAUAUUUUGCGGAGAGUGAUUCUUCUGGCGUUAGCAGUGCGCCAAGCAACUUGUCGGAUGGGGAGGGCAUGGAUGUGUGAAGCAGUGAGGCUUAUGGAGGAUGUUAUUCCUCGUCUUCAAGGAUUAACGUCUGCGAAAAACGGACGGUACAUGGUGGAAGGACCAUUGUAUUGGAGACUCUGUUGGGGUCUCUUUUCUCCUAUACAUACGCUCACGCUACUGUCUGCUAACAGACAGCAAGGACAAAGGUCUGCUGGGCAACACGGUUGUCCUUGACCAAGGGAACGAUUGGUCGCCGAUUCGCUCGACUGGGUAUUCUUACAGCCCGUAUUCACAGUCAACAUAUCUAUGCACCCGGCCAAUAUUCUCGACAUGAAGAUGGACACACCGAGACCUCGAAUACAGCAGCCCGCCGUGUCGACGUAUAUAUCCUGCCCUGGAUGCAAUUCAAACAAGGGUAUGAGAUUGGGUCAACCAGCAGAGUGAAAGCGGGCCAUAUGAAGGGAUAUACCACUCAAUUCGCCAUGAAAUCAUUAGCUAUAGUAUCAAUGAGCGAGGAGCAGACAAAGGAGCGC